AGAAACGUUAGGGGUAAACUAAUAAUUAAAUCUUAAGUCUUAUUUUACAAAAAUGGCCACUGCUAAAACCUCGGCUGUGGUUUCCCCUUUCUCCUAGUUCGUGAAAAGGAGACGUUGAAUUGUAUCCCACCGCCGUCGCCGUAUCACCGUUGCCGAUUCACUGUGAAUCUCGUUGAAUCGAAAAUGGCUCAUGGUGCUCAAAGCCGGAACGUGAUUCGGCAUGUAGUCUCCAGAGGAACAGCUUUCCAAAAAUCUGAAAAUGCGAUCCAUCAUCCUCUCCUUUUCCAAGGAGUUCGAUACAGAAAACUGGAAGUUAUUCUCACAACGGGCAUAGAGAAGCUUGGGAAAGCCGGUGAGACGGUGAAGGUAGCUCCUGGGUACUUCAGGAACUGUCUUAUGCCCAAGCUCCUUGCUGUGCCAAACAUUGACAAGUAUGCUCAUCUCAUCAGAGAGCAACGCAAGAUGCGUAAUUAUGAAGAAAAGGAAGAGGUUAAGGUGGUUCAUAAAACUUCUGAAGUCCAGACAAAAGAGUUUGAAAAGGCUGCAAAGCGACUAGCGAAUGCCAAUUUGGUGCUGAGGAAGUUAAUUGACAAGGAAAAGUUCAAAAACCGGUCCUCAAAAGAGGACAAACCGGAUGUACAAACACCUGUGACAAAGGAAGAGAUAGUCUCUGAGGUGGCGAGACAGCUUUGUGUGAAGAUUGAUCCGGAGAAUGUGGUUUUACCAACGCCAUUGGCAACUUUUGGCGAGUAUGAGGUGCCUUUGAAAUUCCCAAAGACUAUUCCUUUGCCACCAGGAGCUCUUCAAUGGACUCUCAAAGUCAAAGUCCGUGGCCAUUAAAACCUUCUCCUACCUUUAGAAACUCUUCAUUCAUAGUUUUCUUUUCAACUUCAGUCUGUUUCAUGUAGCCUUGGAAGCAUUGUAGUUUAAUGGACACAAAUCAGUUGCAUUUUGUCUUCAUUUGUUGUAUAAACCGGGUUUAAUCCGGUUUCGAAUUAAAACCAUGAGUUGAGUUUUGUAUGAACCGAAUUCUACCAGAAGAGGGAUACUGAAAUCAAUAAGUUUUUGAGUUUUGUGCAAUUAUGUAUAA